AUGGUUAGAAGCAUGUUGUCUCAUUCCCAGUUACCAGAAUUUCUGUGGGGCGAAGCCAUAAAGACAGCUAAUUAUAUUUUGAAUAGAGUACCAAGUAAGUCAAUUCCUUCCACACCAUUUGAGAUAUGGACAGAAAUUGAUAAAACUUCAAUUGCAUCCUCAGGAAACUCAAUAUCAAUUCCAGUGCCAAUUUCAUGUUCAACAUCUGAGAUAGUUACAAAUAAUGUUCCACAGCCACAAGUAUUUGAAGAACCGAUUGAGGAAGCAGAUGCAUUGCCUAUUCUAGAACCAGAAGUACAGGCAGAACCUGCUAAUCCUGAGCCUGCACUUCGAAGAUCUCAAAGACCGAGGAGAUCUGCAAUUCCUGGUGAUUAUAUGGUGUAUUUACAGGAAGUUGAAUUUAACAUUGGAGAUCUUGAUGAUCCUGUUUCUUACAGAGAAGCCAUGGAAAGUUCUCAAUCAACUCUUUGGCAAGCUGCUAUGGAAGAGGAAUUAGCUUUUAUGGACAAGAAUGGUGUUUGGACUUUGAUUGAGCCUAUUGCUGGUGUCAAACCAAUAGGCUGCAAGUGGAUUUACAAGACUAAAAGGGAUUCUCAAGGAAGAGUUGAAAGGUUGAAGGCAAGGCUAGUUGCAUAG